AUGGUAGUAGUAUAUUACAAGAUAUUUAAUGCAGCUAGAAAGAUUGUUAAAGAUGAAAAACGUGCGCAGUCUCAUUUGGAAACACAUUGUUAUUUGGAAAUUAAUGUCAAAAAUGGUGGAGCAACAGAAGCAAAGCUUUUAGGCAGUCAAGACCCAGCUCCUCCUACGAGAGGUUCAACAGCUAGUACAAAUACCAUGUGCAGUGAAAAUAAAACGGAAAGCACAAUCGGCAGAUGUUUUAGUGAACAACGGAAAUCGAAUGAAUCACAGUGCCCGAUGCUACAAAACACAAGAACUCCAACAAAACCUAUUCACACCAUUAACCAACCUUCAUCAAAAGUAGAACAAAUGCGAGAUAAUAUGCACCUAAGUAAAGAAAACAGGCAAAGGGAAUCAGGAAGUAAUCACAAGUUGACGUCCAGCAGGAUUAGUUCAUCUUUGUCAAACUUUGCAAACAAAAGCCAUUUAGCUAAGGAUUUACUUCACCAGUCACAUUCACCGCAUCAGAAAAAGUUAAGGUUUCAACUAGCAAAGGAACGUAAAGCUUCAACCACACUAGGAAUAAUAAUGUCAGCAUUUAUAAUUUGCUGGUUGCCAUUCUUCGUAUUAGCUCUAAUAAGACCAUUUGUUAACGAAGAUACAAUACCGGAUGCUGUUAGUGCUUUAUUUCUUUGGUUGGGCUAUGUGAAUAGUUUACUUAAUCCAAUUAUUUAUGCGACAUUAAAUAGAGAUUUUAGAAAACCUUUUCAAGAAAUUUUGUUCUUUAGGUGUUCAAAUUUGAACCAUAUGAUGCGAGAAGAAUUUUACCAUAGUCAGUAUGGAGAUCCCGAUCAACACUACUGUGUAAAUAAUACGUCUAAAUUACAGAAUUACGAUGAAGGUGUAGAAAUAGUUUCAACUGUAGAUAGAGACGAGAUACGAGCUUCUGAGAGUUUUCUAUGA